AUAAUAAAUAUUUCUAUAUCGCCAGAAAGCAAAAUAAGACUAAAUCAAACGAGAAAAACCAAAACACCAACGCACAAAGUAACCUCAAACUCAAGGCGAUCGCAGCUUCGGCUGCAUCAACGGCAGCGACGUCGUCGUCAUUGAAGGCUGACUGUCGCUGUUAAUAACUGACACUCAGCUGUCAACGGGGGUUGAGGGCUGCGGGCUAUAUGCGGGCGCAGGAGUGACACGCGCAUAGUACUUAGAACUCAUAAUUUGAAUAACUGGAAUUGCAGAUUUUUCAAACGGCACAAAAUGAUCUGCAACAAGAAAUCGUACGCUAUGAAAAUGCUGCAAAUAGCAUUGGCCUUGAGUCUGCUGCAUGUGGAUCCGGAUAAUUAUCUACAGCAGCGCUUACGAAAUUGGGACUCACAGCUGGAGUUGCGCGAUGGCGACGGUUGGGAGCUGGAAAUGUUGCGCGCAGUACCAAUGGUGGAGUAUCCUUACGCGAAUCGUAAGACUAUGAUGCCGCUCAUAGAGGAUCUAAUACGCUACGAUCGACAACACGAUGCCACGCUGCCGCAAUAUAAUGUCACAGCUUACAUUUUAAACGUGCAGAACGAUGGUGGCACAAAUCAAACGGCCACUUUGCCGGAGUUGCAAACAACUGCGAGUAGUGCGGCUAAUGCCGGCGGAAGCGUGAAUGUGGCAGGAGCCACUGCGCUAGAGCAGGCAGCCAAUGCUGCAGCGGCAGCUGCUGCGGCCAGCACGAACGCCACUAACAUGGGACUGCCGGCUUCGGAGCUGGAUGUGUUUCUGAAUUCGGAUAACUUUCAAGAUCAGCGUUCGGUAUGGGAGCAAAAUUUAGCUGAUUUGCGGGACUUUGGAGAUCUUGCCAUUAACAAUCCAUAUGCCGGCUUGCCGCUCAAGGAUGAACCGUACAAUAAUACUUAUAUUGACUUGAAUUUGGAUGCAUUUCUUCCGACCAUUGCAAGCGCUGCAACUGCAGCGGCUAAUGCGAUAAAAGAAGAAGAUGAGACAAUUAGUGCUGGUGCUUUGAAUGACACCUAUCCAGAACCAGCAGAUAUUGCCAGCAUUAAAACUGAGCAGUUCGAUAAGAAAGAAGAAGAGGAAAUUGCGCUGGAAAAUGAAGUCGCUAGCUCUAGCUCCAGCAGUUCAACUUUGGCGUCCACUGUGCUGGCGAUAAAGAAGGAACCGGAAGCCAGUGGCGACGAUGGUGAGCAAACUGAAAGUGAAGAAGUGGAUUUGAGUCCCUUUAUUAGUCAAACGGAGCUGAUCGAAGAGGUAAACAUUCUAUAUUUACAAAAUUCUUUUGGCAUUGUUUUAGUGUUGCGAAUUUGUUGUUGGCCCAAAUGAUUUAUGCACAAUUUUGUUUGGGGAGUUCUAAAUUUAUCUACAUAUAUGUUAAUUAACUAGCUGAAAUGUAUUUUUUAAAGAUCUUUUCACUUGACUACUGACUGAUAAAAUGAAAUAUUAUAAUCAAUUGCAUUCGUAUUGCACUAUGGGGAAUACCAAGUAUGACCAAUUGUAUUACCUAUUCUGCGGUCUUCGGUUAGCUGCAUAUAAUUUGGUGCACUUAAGUAA